GAGAGAGGAGAAGUAGAAACUUGCUUUGGCAUUGUCAGGCUUUGGGUACUCUUUCCAUGCGGUGUCUUUUUCCACCUACUGAAUAUCCCUGAAGAGAGAAAAAAUGUGGGAGGGAUAUAGUGAGACUCAGUAAGGUACAAACAGUAACUUAGGUGUCAACAGUUGCUGUAUUCUGGGAGCAGGCUCGGUGUGGAUUGCUACUGACUCUUUCUGCAUGAUUAAUAUGCAGUUGUGAUCCUGCAUUACUAGUGCUUAUACUGUCCCAUUUGAAUAUUUGGGUGUACAUGAAAGACAAUUCCUAGAGGAAAACUUAGGCAAGGGACUUCAAGAAAGAGCCACUCUUGCUUUUAUUAAUAUCCAGCUUGACUACAUUUUGCUCUGAAGACUUGUCAGUAUGACCUCUGGAUUUCAGUACAGUCUACUUUUCCUCCUUUGUUUUACAGCCUUUCAGGAGUCACAGGCAGCUCAGAAUUGCCUCAACAAGCAGCAGCUCUUAGCCGCCAUUCGACAGAUGCAGCAGUUCUUAAAAGGACAAGAGACAAGAUUUGCAGAAGGAAUCCGAGUCAUGAAGAGCCGACUAAACAACUUGCAAAAUACUGUCAUUAAAACUAGUCCAGAUGCACCACCAGUUACGUGCCCAGCACUGGAAGAUCCUGACAAUGGAAACAAGUUUGGCUCUAAAUAUCUUGUAGACCAUGAAGUCCAUUACACGUGUGACUCAGGAUACCAGCUUAUUGGUCCCAACAGCAGGAUGUGUCAGCAGAACGGAAGCUGGACUGACGAUGCUCCUUACUGCAAAGAUAUCGGACAAUGCAGUAGCCAACCUUGUCUAAAUGGGGGGACGUGUGUGGAAGGAAGUAACCACUACAAAUGUAAUUGUCCCCCAGAAUGGAAAGGAUCCAACUGCCAGUUUAAAACACCAUCAGCACCUUCCGAGUUGCCAGUCAAUGAUGCUGCCUUAAGCCGUAAAGCAGUGUGCACCAGAGUGGACCGUACUCAACACUGUAGCUGUGAUCCUGGCUUCCAGAUGAAAGGCACUCCUGAAAACAGCAUAUGUCAAGAUGUUAAUGAGUGUGAGGUGUACAAGACAGAUGGAAUCCCUCGCCUCUGUGUAUAUUCCUGUAUCAACACUCCAGGCUCUUACCGCUGUGCUUGUCCAUCGGGUUACAAAUUACUAGGUGAUGGUAAAAACUGUGAAGAUAUAGAUGAAUGUAAUUCUGGACUUCACAACUGCUCCAAGCCUGGCAUGUGUAUAAACACUGCAGGAGGGUUUCAGUGUGUCUUUCCUGAAUGUCCAAAACCCAAUGGAAAUAUCAGCUAUGUGAAAACAUCACCUAUGCAAUGUGAGCGGAACCCCUGCCCAAUGGACAAUCGGGCAUGCCAUCAUGCAGCAAAAACUGUCUCCUUCCAAUACCUUUCUUUACCUUCAAAUCUUCCCAUCCCAGUUACACUUUUCCGUAUGGCAACAGCAUCAGCACCUGGCCGGCCAGGCCCAGACAGCUUGAGAUUUGGAAUAGUAGGAGGGAACAGCAGAGGAAACUUUGUGAUGCAAAGAUCAGAUCGACAGACAGGAGAGCUUAUACUCGUUCAAAGCCUGCAAGGACCUCAAACCAUAGAGGUGGAUGUGGAUAUGUCAGAAUACUUGGACAGAAUGUUCCAAGCCAAGCACGUUUCCAGGAUCACCAUGUUUGUUUCACCUUACAACUUUUAAGUUAUACAAAGACUGGGACCUUAAAAAGAAGGACACUGUGAACACUGAAAGGAAGCCCAUUUUAGGAUUGAUAGUGAUCGGACAGCAAAUGAGUAUGC